AUGCGCAAUCAAAGUUGCUAUGAGCGGGGAUCAACUGGCUACGAGGCAAGAUUACUUUCGGGCAUUGCUUUCCAUCCCCAGUCCUACAGCUUCGCCGAUCUAAACCCUCGUCCCCCAACGCCUAAACAAACCCCGACCUCCGCUGUCUUCCCCAGUCCUGUUUUCGAAACCUCAGAGCUCAACCAACGCUCCUUUACCGACGCCGGGGGCUGGACACCCCGCUUCGCCGAGGAUUACUCCGUCUUCAACUCGACCCCGGGAACCUUCCGCAGCUCCCAGGGUCCCUUUAGGCUGCUGUCCACCGAGGGUCUCGCGGCCGAGAUCGCAACCCAUGUUAAUCACUUCUCGCCCAAUCCCAGCCUGCCCUUGCCUCCGGUCGAUCCAUCUCGCCGCCUAGCCUCGUCUCCGAAUUCACAGCAUGACAUUACUGCACUAAUGGCUGCCUCCGAUGACAAGUUUGGAAAUCCCAUGUCAGCGCCCGUUGGUGCCCCUACCACCUUCUGGGACCCUUCAACCAUGGGGAUGGAUCUGGAUUUCAGUGGACCUCCGUCAAACAUCUUCCAGCCGACUUCUGUCCACUCACAUCGUCACACGGCAUCUUUUGACUGGAACAGCGAGAUCCAGCUGUUCCAGGACCCGAGCGCAGCGCUGCCGUCGACGAACCAGGGGAAUAUGCAACCACUUCGACAAGAUCGAAUCCUCGCCCCCAAACCCUCCGUUUCGCUUCCAGGCACAACAACCGUAAGCAGUGCCAUGUCUGCUGCAUUUGCCGCAUCCAUGGACGAUCCUUUUGGGAUAAUGGCCCCCGGAGACGCUGUGGAUCCUGGGCUGCUCUUUAGUCGGCCUCAAACCUCCGCCAUGGAAUCGAGUUUCAUCCCUGUGCCAAUGUCUGGGUCGGCUGAGGCAGCAAUCGCACGAUUGGGGUCCAGAACAUCAAUUGGAGAUGAACUCCGCCGAUCAGCUAGUGUUAAGGAUAUGAGGAACGGCGCGUUGCCAGAUCGUACUUUCGCCAGUUCCCCUGUCAAGUCCAACCAGCCAGGACUUAGUCGAAGCUUGAGCGAAAACCGGGGAAGGAGGACUCAGAACCGACCGGUGCUCCCCAAGUUGGCCCCCGCUGCCCGGCUGGUCUCGCAGGCGAGUAGCACAUCCAGCGUCGAGACUGCGAGGCCCAUGGCCCGUCCCUCGGGGAGAGCGUCUCCUCUAAAGAGCCAGCACCGACUCUCGGGCCUGGCUUCGAUACCUGAGCCAAUGCCACAGCCUCAAACCCGCACAUCUGUUAGGUUCACAAUCGAUUCCCGUGGACGAGCUCGCGCCGAGACUACAAUCCUGCAUGGUGGACGUGACUUGGACGGUACCGUUAACCACCGGCAAACUUCUCGGGAAAGGAGUCAGGGGAUUGACUUGUCGUCGGGAGAUGACUUGUCAACAGAUGACGAGCCGAUCAUCAUCCCAAGCCGAACCAACUCUUUCAAUGCAUCAUUCGCCCUUCCUGACCCACUGAGGCCCGUGGGUUCCAAUUUACACUCUUCGAGACGAAGCGUUAGUGAUAGGAGCAGUGUGUCCAACAACCAAGGCCUGCUUGAAGGCCAAUUUCCCCAAGUGUUCAGCAUCCUAUCCUCAGCAGCUGAAGCCCGGUCUGUCAAAAUGAGACUGUAUGAUGUUAGUAGGAUUCAAUCUGAAUAG